UCCAACGAUAUAUCAUAAGCCCAAUUCCGAUGAAUAUUGAGGAAAGUAUGGCCUAAUUAGUAUACACUACACCCUAGUGUAGGUACCAUAACCUACACCCCCUACAAAACGCAGCGUUUGCGUUUUUCCCCUACCCCCACAAACUACAGUAACUACCCCCACUCACUCCCACUAACCACAGUAAAUUAGAAAUAACUUCCCCUACCCCACAUAUAUAUUAUUAAAAAAAAAAAAACUAUCCAUUUCAAAUUAUUCUCUCUCUAAAAACCAUCUUCUUCAUUUCUCUAGAAUUUCUCUCUCAUCAACACCGUCGAAUCGGAACGAAAUUCUCUUCAAAUUAUUGCAAAAUUGCUUCAAAACACUUCAUAAUUGCUUCAAAUGUCUGAUAUUCGAGAUGAAAUUAAACAAUCACAAAAAAAAGAGUAAGUAAUUUCGUUAGUUUUGUUCAUUUUUUGAGAUUGUAGUGCAAUUUUAUGUGUGAAACCUUAAUUUUGUUCAUUUUGUUGCGAUUGUAGUGCGAUUUUGCAAAAAACCACUACAGAGAAGAACAUGAAAGAAGAAACUGCAAAAUCGGAGCAAAAUGUAUCUAAAGAUAUGAUUUUGGAGAAGAAUACUUCAGAGACGAGUAAUUUGUUGAAAAUUUCUGAAGAAAUGUAUGAACUCUAACUUUUGUAAAACCUAAUUUGUUCAUAUUCUUGCGAUGAAAAUUAUAGAGCGAAUUUAUUUGUAAAACCUAAUUUUUGUUAAAAUUUUUUGCGAUUGUAGUAAUUGUUCUAAGAUUUUACUGAAAAUAACUAAAACAUUAACAAUUUAUUAAAUAAAACAGAGACGAUGAUGAUGAUGUACCUCUUCAGUCAAGAGUAGACAAAUUGAAAAAAAAACCGCCAAAAUGAUCCAAUUGUAGAUCCGGAACUUUUAAAAGAUAUUGACAAGUCAAUUGGUACGGAUUUAACAAUGUCUCCACUACCAAGUGAACAAAGUGAGAACAUUCCUGCUACUAAUGCAACAACUAAGAGUGUGUCUGCUACACAUAACACAACUGACAAAGAGAGUAGGGAUGAAAGCAAGCAAGAAGAAGUUCAACCAAAAGUGCAAAGCAAUCCAGUAAAGAAUAGUCUUGGCCAAAAAAAGUACAAAGAAUCGACAAUCAGAAUUAUGAGAAAUCUCAAAAGAAUGGAAAAGGCAAGCAAGGAAAUCAGGAAAGGUGAAGCAAAAAAGAAAGAAAAAGGGCCAAUAGAAGAGAAAACUGUGGAAAAAGAAGGACAAGAAGGAAAAAAAGGGACUGAAAAAGAGAAAAGCCCUAAAGACAAAACUGUGGAAGAUGUCUUUCCAAAGACAACAAAUGUAGAAGAAGGACAAGAGGGAAAAAAAGAGCCUGAAAAGGAGAAAAUCCCUAAAGAGAAAACAGUGGAAGAUGAGUCUACAAAGACAACAGAUCCGAAAGCACAAAUUGCACCUGAUUUUGUUCAAAUUGAGGAUGAAACUUAUCUUCUAGAUCAAGAUGAUGAUAAAGUUUCCACAAAACUUAGUGAGGAGACAGCUCCAUCAUCACAAAAAAGUGAUCAGUCAACCAAAAUGAAAACAAGAUACAAAAUGGUUGCAAGGAAAAACAAAAACAAAAGCCUUGUUGUUGUGCCAAGUGGUAGAAUUACAAGGAGCCAAGAUGUUCUGUUAGAUGAAUCUGAAAAGGGAAGCCUGAAGAAGGAUGUUGAACCUGCUAAAGAAACCGCAAAAAUAGGACAGAAGAGAAGAAUGUCUACAAGGAAUUUUCCUAUUCAAAAGGAAGCUGAUGCACCACCUCCAGCACCUACUCCAAUAAAAAAAAUGGCAGGUGCUCCUGCUGAAUAUCCUCCAGACCAAGGCAAAAAGGGUGGGAAAAAGAAAACUCUAGAAGAAGUGAAGAAAACUUCUAAGGUUGCUGGCAAAAGAAAAGCAGAUGUCAGUCCUGCCAAGAGAAAUGCUGGAAAGAGAAAAAAAAUACAAGAAGUACCAUCAGAUGAACCCUCUCAAGAUCCUACUGAUGAAAGUUCUACUGACAGUGAUGAUGAUAGUGAAGAGUCAGUUUAUAGAGCAGAAGAAGAGCCUGUCAGUGAGGAUGAUUAUGAGGUGGAGGAAGAGGAGGAAGAGGAUGAAGUAAAGCCAAGGAAGAAACAGGCAAAGAAAGGGAAUUCAGUGAAGGCAAAGGUUGAAAAGGAGGAGCAAAAGAUGGUACUGUAUGAUGAAGGAAAGAUUGAAGGUAGGAGAAAAAAGAAAAUGAAAACUGAAAUGGUUCAAGCAAUAGAAACUGAUGAAGUUGAGGAAAUUCAGGAAGAUGAAUUUGAGGAAGAGAAAUCUUCAAAGAGAGGAGGACAUGUGAAGUUCAUUGCAUGGAUAAAAAAGAUGACACCUACCCAAAAACAACAAGUUGUUGAUAUAGGGUUAGGAUCACUUCUUGACAUUAGUUUACCUCAACUUGAUCAAAAGUUCUGUAACUGGUUAUUGGGAAGUUUUGAAGAAAAUAGCCAGUGUUUUGAACUACCAAAGAAUGAAAAAAUAGAAAUUGAGGUAGAGGAUGUUAGGGUAGUUUAUGGCUUGCCUACAGGAGAAAUUCCAAUUGUUGAGCCAAAGUCUGAUAAAAUUAGUGAGGAGUAUGCAGAAUUUCUGAAGAAAUGGAGAAAAUCAUGGUCAGGAAAAACUCCAUCAGUGAGUCAGAUUGUGAAUGGAUACAUAAAUGAUAAAUUCACAAACAACAGACCACCAAGUGAACAUUUCAUUACUAACUUUUUAGCAGUGGCUGUGAACUGCUUGAUGAAAUGUGUAUCAAACAAUCAAUGCCAUUUCAAAUUUCUUUAUUCUAUGAUGGACAAAGAAAACAUAAAAAAUUUGAACUGGUGUCAGUUUGUAUAUGACUCACUUAUCAAAUGUCAUGUUGAUUGGAGAAAGCAGCAAGGCAAGGGGUUCUACAAAGGUCCUCUUCAAUUUCUGAUGUUGUUCUAUUUUGAUAGAGUUCAGAGGUUAGACAAAAGGCCUCCAAGAAAAAUUCCUAUCAUAUCUGCAUGGAAUAGAGACAUGGUUCUUGAGAGGUUGAAGAUUGAAUUAGAAUUGGGAUUUGGGAGAGGGAAAAUUCUACCAAGGAUUGCUGCAGAAGUUGAAGAAAGUCCUAAGGUUUUUAUGGAUGAUUUUGUUUCCCUGGUAAAAACAACUUGUUCAAACCUGUCAAAGCUUUCUUCAAAAUUGGUGAAGGCAAAGGAUAUCUUCCCUGGAAAUGACUUGGUGAAAAAAGUUGAUGAAGUUUUAGGAAAGGUGGUAGCUAGGGAACCAUCAAUUCUAAGCCAAGAUGAAGAAUUCUUUGGCAGUGAGGAUUUCCUAAAUGCACUUGCACAAGCUGAGAAGAAUCUGAUGCAAGGGUCUGAAAAGCAAACAACUGAGAAGCAAAUGACUGGGAAGAAAUUAACCAAAAAGGGAAAGGAAAAAGAACAAGAAUAUGACAUCAGAAAAGCUUUCAGCUUGGGGUUGACUCCACCUUCUCCAGCCAUUGAAACAGGGCCCACCUUUUCAACACUUGGUGAUAUAAUUGAACAACCAAUAAUUUCAACAAAUGCUGAAGAAAAGGAUGUGGGUAAAACUUCAGCAGCUUCAGAACAAAGAAUUGAAGAAUUUUCUAGAACUGCAACUGGUUCAAAAUUUGAUGCUGACACUAGGUCAGAUAAUGAAGGAUUGCCUAGAACAGGAUCUGGUUCAGUGGUUGAUGCUGACCCUAGGUCAGAUGGUGGUGAAAAAAGUGAUGAUCCAAAAAAACACAGUUGAAGGUGGAAAACAA